UGAUAAUUUUCUGUCAAUUAUGGACAAAUUUGGUAAAGUUAAAUGCAUCAAUAUUGUGCAAAGAUCUUAAACGAGUCACGGUUGUGAAGGAGUCAUGACUUCCCUUACAUGGACAGGUGUUUUACUGACGAUAAUUCUUAUCGCAACGUUAUUUGGUAAUGUUCGUUGUCUCCAUAUUCUUCAUAAACAUGAGCGUCAUCUUCUCAUGCGUCCCCUCUACAUCUUCAUUUUUAACAUUUGUGUGGCCGAUAUUGCCGUCGUUGUAUGUUCUAUGGCCUUGAAAACCGUCGAUGAGUUCAUGGAAGAUUGGGUUUUCGGCAACGUUGUAUGUGUUAUGGUCGAGUACUCGCAGCGUGCCUUGUUUCGUGUUACCGUUCUAACCCAUGUUGCAAUAGCGUGUGAACGCUAUGUGAACGUCGUGUUGGCUUUCAAGCCUCAAGUUCAGAUGACCAAACAUAUGGCACUUUAUAUUAUAUUAUUUAUGUGGAUGUUUUCCUUCAUCAUCUCGAUCCCGCUCAUCUUUUCUUUUGAAGUUCACAACGUAAAGAACGACAUGAGAAUUUGUAGUUUGAUCCACCUUCCGUGGGAUUGGUUGGAUAAACUGUACAGCGUCUUUGAUCUUACAGUUUUCUUUAUCAUCCCAUUUGCUUUAUUGCUAUUUCUCUAUGGCAGUAUCAUCACAACAUUGAAUCGUCGUAAGCGACAGACGGUUGGUCUGGGCUCUGUCAGGGCCGCCUUAAACACAAUCCGCGCAGUCAUGAGAGGGGUACGUGUGUCUAUCGCUGUCGUUGUUGUAUUUUCAGUUUGUUGGAUUCCAGUUGUUGUAAAAGGCUUCAAUCGUCUUGUGCGCGAAAAUGUGAACACUGACCGCACGGAUGCCUUGUACGCUGCUGCAAUGUACAUGGCAUUCUUGAAUGAUGCUCUUGUUCCUAUACUAUACUGUGUGCUUGAUAAAAAUCUUGCACCUUCAUUUCUAAAGAUCUUCCAUUGUUUCAAUAAUACCGAGAACAACGAUAAUUGUGGUUUUUCCAUGAACGAAAGACCAUUACCACAAUCAUGAAAAGAAAAGAAAGUCUAACAAAUGGCUAAUCAUAAACUACUAUUUUUCACUGCUUACUAUGCAACGUGAUGACAUUAAGAUGUCAUUUGCACAUUGAAGAAAAGUUUCAUAUGUCCAAAAACAGCGAGACCAUUCUAUUGAAGUCAUUUUAAAUUGCCUCAGCAAGCAAAACAGAACACACUAUCUCAAAAUUUGGUGUCAUAAACACUUUAGAAAGUAUUUGUUGUAGCUUUGCAUUCAUAAACAGCAAUAAUGGCAUUAAAAUUUUACACAACCACCAGCAUAACAAUUUACCUAAUUAAGUUAAUGUUAUUAAAAGUCAAUGUUAAUGGAACUUUCGCUUGCAUCUUUGCUGUAUGAAGUACAUAAUAUCACCAACCGUACUGAAUGAUAUACUGAAUAAUACACUGCAUCUUCACAAUAA